GAAGCAAAGAAAAGAGAUAAAAAAGCGAGGAAGAGAGAGGAGAAGGAAGCAAAGGAGAAGGAAGCGAAGCAGAAGGAAGCAAAGGAGCUUAAGGAAGCAAAGGCGAAGGAAGAGGCACAGGAGAAGGACCAGAAAGAAAAGAGGGCCACGAAGAACGAUAAGGACGAUACUGAGGAGGCUUCAAGCAAAAGCAAGAAACAGAAGAAGGAGGAUGGUGAUGACCAGGAGCGAGACAGCUCAGCUUUCAGGACCCCCUCGCCGCGCAGGCUGGUGAGUCCUUCGCCCACCCUGUCCAUCGCCAACGUCUCAGCUUGGAGGGAAGAGGCAGCGCAGAGAGGCAUCACUCUUGAACAACACAUGGAGGAAGUAUCGCAGCAAGCGAUUGAUGCAAUGGUGAGCGAAAAAAUGGGGCAACUUGUCGCCGCCCAAAAAGUCAAGGAGAAUAGUAGUGAUGAUGAAGAGGGGGAUGAAGAGAAGGGUGGGAAUGGGCAUGCAGUUGUUCCACACUGCCCAUGUUCCGAGUCUGAUGAUGAGAGCUCGGAUGACUCAGAAGACUCUCCACAAAUCUCUGAGGAUUCAGAUGGUAAGGAAUCCAGCGAGGAGGAAAACGAAGAUGAAGGAGAAGGAAGCGACAGCGAUGACAUGGAUCUGGGUGAGCUGUUUGGAUCCGAAGAUGAAGAGGAAGGUGCUGAAGAGGAAGAGAGCGUCACCAACAAGAGUGAGUGGGAGAAGUUCAGUCGACAAUGCUUGGAUCACAAGCAGUUCCCUGUCAGCCUGGCAUCCCACUACUUGAAAGACAAAGGUGAUUUGUUCCGCGCGAAAAAGGACGGGAGCCAGGUGGAAGUCGAAUUCCAGCGACGAGCAGAAUCGAAGAAGACCAGUCGGAGUCAGCGGGAAGGAAUGAAGGCUCGCGACAUCAAAAAGAAGUACCCCGCCGCCAAGGCCGAUGCGCUGAUCCAAAAGCUCCACAAAAGCGGCGUGUUCUACUACGACCCUGACUUCCCAAACGAUGACGAGGAGCGGGCUCCAGUCCAAAGGCGGGCCAGCGAGAAGAUGGAGGAAUGCCUCAAGAAAGGGGCUGAUGGAAGGAAGUUCGGUGUUUCGCUGGAGAGCCUUGAGUACUCUGGGGACCUCGCUUCCAAAAUGCUGGAGUUCAGCAAGAAGAUGGAAACUGUUUACAAGAAACUCCAAGGGCUUCGUUCGUCAGGUUCAACCGAUGAAGCCCAAUAUGAGAAGAUGUAUGUUCAGCAUCAUUGA